AUGGGAAAUCUGAAGGUUAUACUUGUGGCAGUGAUAACAUUGGUGUUGUUAGAUGGGUUGUGGUGUCAUGGGUGUUGGGACCAAGAGAGGGCUUCACUCUUAAAAAUCAAACCUUUCUUCAAUCACCUUAAAUGGCCAAUGAAGGGUGAGGAGAGUUCAAAUUGUUGUCAAUGGGAAAUGGUCAAGUGCGAUACUUCUACGGGGCGAGUAAUCGAACUAUCACUUGAUGGUCGUUUGGGAAGGUCUGGGUGGUAUCUAAAUGCAUCUUAUUUUCUUCCCUUUGAAGGAUUGAGAAGUCUGAACUUAAGUAACAAUGGGAUACUUGGUUUCAUUGAGAGCGAUGAAAUUUUGGAGCUUCUUGAUUCGGGUGAUAAUGGUUUUGAUAACAAAAUCCUCUCAUCUCUACGUGCUUUUUCUUCCUUGAGAGUUUUAAAUCUCGAAAGUAACCAAUUGAGUGGAACACUUUUUGCACAUGAAUUUAAUCAUCUUAUCAACUUGCAAAAGUUGGAUAAGAGUUAUAAUAAUAUUGAAAGCUUUGGUUCCUCACAAGAUCCUCCGACUAAACAACGUCCAAAGAAAUAUAAGGCAGAUCUUCCAAACUUCCUCUACUACCAGUACGACCUAAGAUUCAUUGAUCUCUCUGGUAACAACUUUGGUGGAGUGUUCUCGGUGGGGUUGUUUGAAAAUAACACAAGAUUGGAGGAGAUUUUGAAGAGGGAUAACUCCUUUGUGGGCUUGUUUCCAUGUCCAUCUCAUCCCAAUCCAAAUCUUUCUUUGAUGGACAUAUCCCACAAUCAGUUACAAGGUCAAAUUUCGACAAAUGUAAGUUCAGUUUCAAAUUUCAACAAAUGGAAAAUACCUUACAUCCCAUCCAUGAACUCUCUGUCAUUGUUGGAUAUAAAUCACAACUCCUUCUCUGGCAGGAUUCCAAGAUGGAUAUUAGAGUUAUCAGAUUUAGAGGAUAUUGAUCUAUCUGAUAAUCAUUUGAAGGGUCCUCUUCCUCAAGAAUUGUGUAAAAUGAAGAGUCUUUGUUUUCUAGAUCUUUCAAAGAAUAAUUUUUCUGGCAAUAUUCCAUGUUGUUUCAUCCAAUUAACAAAUUUAGAGUUUGUUCAUUUGUACAAAAACAAGCUGACAGGACCACUGCCAAGUGUUUUUAUGAGCUUUACGACGAUGGUGACUCUAGAUCGUAGAGGGAAUGACUUCAGUGGCACCAUCUCAAAUUGGAUUGGGAAUCUCUCAAACUUGGGUGCUCUUCUAUUGAAAGAAAAUCAUUUUCAUCGUGAAAUUCCUAUUGAGUUUUGCCAACUAACCCAAAUAAGUUUCUUGGAUCUUUCGGUGAACAAUUUUUCAGGUCACUUGCAUUCUUGUUUAGGUAGUUUGACUUUUGAAAACCAAAAUGGCCUUUCAGAUGCAUCUCCCUUUUUUUCAAGCAAAGAGACUGGUGCUUUGGUAUACUCUCUUUCAAAUGUCAAUUGGACUUAUGGCUUUUCAAAUGAUGUGCAAGAAGUGAUAGAGUUUGUGACCAAUAACAUUUCCCUUGGUUACACAUCUUCUAUCCUUAAUCAAAUAUCUGGGAUGGACCUCUCCAUCAACCAGUUCUGUGGUGAAAUCCCCUAUCAAUUUGGAAACCUAAGCAGGGUUAGAGCGCUAAAUUUGUCGCACAACAAUCUAAUUGGGUCAAUUCCCGAGACAUUCUCCACCUUAAAGAGCAUAGAAAGACCAGUUCCAAAUAGGAAAGCCCAAUUCGGGACAUUUGAUGAAGGCAGUUAUGAAGGAAAUUCUCAUCUUUGUGGACCUCCAUUGAAUAACAGCUGCAAUGAAAUCAAUUCUCAUUGCCAAUUCCGAGUGAAUUUCCUAGUGAAGGUGAUGAUGAUAGUUUCAUGGACAUGCCUAUAUUCUAUGUGA